AUGUAUGAGAGUGAUGUGGGUUUGAAACAGCGGAUUUCUAGGGGAAAAAACAUUUUUUCAGAGAGAAAGAGCGGUGUAUAUCCUUGAACUAUUGAUGUGUGAAUUACCUGCAAAUUCAAAUUUUGGAUAUUCACUGGCUUACGGAGAUAGUAGUAAUCUUGGGCCUAAUCCGGGUCCAAAUAUCAAUAGAAAUUUUUCAACUCUAAUGCAAAACGCGUACACAAGUUAUAAUGAAUCAGGAGAUUUAUGUAAAUAUUUUACGAAAAAUUUGGAUAGCAUCAAAAAUAAUGAACCUUCAAAUACAUAUCGUUAUGAUUUAAUAGUUCUGAUUUAUAUCUAUCCAGCCAUGGAUAAUUGUUCGAUUUAUGAGAAUUUCAAAAAACGAGAAUUUCGAAAAAUCAAAUUUUUCGCGAUUCAUUUCGAUGAUACGAAAAGUGAUGAUUAUAUCAGUUUGAAUAUUCAGCACUUGAGAAAUUUUGAUUUGGAUCAGAAAAUUGCGAGUGCCCCUUUCAGACAGGUUGUGAGAGAAUUGUGAGUUUCAGUUUUUGAAAAUAAAAAAAAUGAAAAAUAUUCAGUUCUCGUAAAAUUCUUGGAUUCGAAGAAGAAGAAAAACCGGAAGAAUUUGUGUAUGUUCCACAUUGGACUGAUCAUUUAUGGGCACCAUUUUAUAUUCUGAUAUAUUUGCUGGCCAAUUUUGGUCUCGUGAUUUUUAUUAUUUGGAUUAUUUCUCGUCGAAAAUGA